AUGCCCAGGUUCAACCAGUCCAACCCUAUGACCUUCACCCUGAAGGGCAUCCCCGGCCUGGAGGACCUGUACCUGUGGCUUUCCCUGCCCUUCUCCUUUAUGUUCGUGGCCAUUCUCCUGGGCAACAGCGCCAUCCUGUUCCUGCUGGCAAUGGAGUCUGCCCUGGACAAGCCCAUGUACCACCUACUGGCCAUGCUUUUGCUAGCUGACCUGGUCUCCACCCUUUCCAUGAUGCCCCAGGUCCUCAGCCUCCUCUGGUUUGGCAUCCAGGACAUCAGCCUGGAUGCCUGCUUGCUCCAGAUGUUCUUCAUCUACGGCACCUCAGUGGUGCGCUCCGCCGUGCUGGUGGCCAUGGCCUUCGACCGCUACGUGGCCAUUUGCAACCCCCUGCACUACACAACUGUGCUCACUGGCUCCCUGGUGCGCUGUCUGGGGAUGAUGGCGCUGGCCAAAGGGGUGGUUUUGAUUCUGCCUGUCCCCCUGCUGCUCAGACAGCUGACCUUCUGCCGGACAGUCAUCGCCCACACCUACUGCGAUCACAUGGCCAUGGUCAAGAUGGCCUGUGAGCACACCGGGCCCAACCGUGUCUACGGCCUCUGUGUGGUCGUCCUGGUGGGGGGCCUUGAUUGUUUGCUCAUUGGGUCCUCCUAUGCCCUGAUCCUGUGGGCUGUGUUGCGGUUGUCUUCCCGUAGAGCCCGCUUCCGUGCCCUCAGCACCUGCUCCUCCCAUCUCUCGGUCGUUCUCAUCGCCUAUGGCCCUGGCCUCUUCUCUGCACUCGUCCACCGCUUUGGCCACGCCAUCCCGGUCCACAUCCACAUCCUCCUGGCCAACCUCUACCUCCUUAUCCCCUCUCUGUUUAACCCAGUCAUCUUUGGGGUGAGGACCAAGGAGAUUCGGGACAUGGUCAUCAAGCAUCUAAAUUGCUGCGCUGGGACACGAGCCCAGUAG